CUAGUGAGCCGAGCCCGAGCCAUGGAGAGUCAGGGCGUGGAGGAGCUGCUUGCAAAGGUGGAGCGGGACGAGGCAGAAAAGCUGCAGCGUAUCACGGUCCAUAAGGAACUGGAACUGGAGUUCGAUCUAGGCAACUUGCUGGCCUUGGACCGGAACCCUCCAACGGGGCUGCGGUGCGCUGGACCCACACUGGAGGCCGAGCUGCGGAGUCUGGCACGAGACAACACGCAGCUCCUCAUCAACCAGCUGUGGCAGCUGCCUACCGAGCGCGUGGAGGAGGCAGUAGUGGCAAGGCUACCAGAGCCCACCACCCGCCUGCCACGCGAGAAGCCGGUGCCCCGGCCGCGGCCGCUUACGCGCUGGCAGCAGUUCGCGCGCCUCAAAGGUAUCCGACCCAAGAAGAAGACCAAUCUGCUGUGGGACGAGGUAAGCGGACAGUGGCGACGUCGCUGGGGCUACCAGCGCGCCCGGGACGACACCAAGGAAUGGCUGAUCGAGGUGCCCGGCAGCGCCGACCCCUUGGAGGACCAGUUCGCCAAGCGGAUUCAGGCCAAGAAGGAACGGGUGGCCAAGAACGAACUGAACCGGCUGCGUAAUCUGGCCCGUGCACACAAGAUGCAGUUGCCCAGUGCGGCUGGCAUGCGCCCUACUGGACACCAGAGCAAGGAGGAACUGGGUCGCGCCAUGCAGGUAGCCAAAGUCUCCACCGCUUCUGUGGGACGAUUCCAGGAGCGCCUGCCCAAAGAGAAGGCGCCUCGGGGCUCCGGCAAGAAGAGGAAGUUUCAGCCGCUCUUCGGGGACUUUGCAGCCGAAAAGAAGAACCAGUUGGAGCUGCUACGAAUCAUGAACAGCAGAAAGCCUCAGCUGGACGUGACGAGGGCCACCAAUAAGCAGAUGAGGGAAGAGGACCAGGAGGAGGCUGCCAAGAGAAGAAAAAUGAGCCAGAAGAGCAAGAGAAAGGGGGCGCGGCAGGAUCCUGGGGGCAAAAGGAAAGGGGGCCCGCCCAACCGGGGAGGAAAGAAAAAAGGGGGCUUGGGGAGCAAGAUGAAUUCCGGGCCGCCUGGCCUGGGUGGCAAAAGGAAAGGAGGGCAGCACCGAGGAGGAAAGAGGAGGAAGUAA